CUCUGUCUAGGAAAGAUGCGUUUGACUUUCUUUCUUCUAUCUCUUAAAAACGCCCACAAAAACCAAUGCUAAAUAUUAAACCUGAAUCAUUCAUUCAUUCAUUCAUUCAUUCAUAUUCACCCUCUCUCUAAUACUUAGCCACAUCUAUUGCAUGCUCUCUCCUUCUCCUUCUCCUUCAUAUAGUGCCAAUCUCUCUCUCUCUCUCACUCACAUACACACACAAUAAGCAUAGCCUAAACAACCACCAUGGCAGUUGAAGCAUCUUACUUCAAUCUCUUGCCUUCUCAGUUACUCACUAACAGAGAAAUCAUCAAAUCUAAUCAACAACACCAUCAAUUGAACUCUGAUUAUAUGUUCAAUACUCAGAUGGAUUCAGCUUUGCCUCUCCCAGCAACAAUGCCUGAAUCUCUCUUAUCUUUCUACCAAUCCAAUUUGUGUGAUCCAAACAAGGCAGAUAGUGGUCUCACCUACAACAUCCCUCUACAAAGAAAGCGUUCUAGAGACUUCACCACUGAAUUAACCUCUCUCCCAGCUCACCAGAAGAACAAAAUCUCUUCCCAAUCACCUUCUUUUCUCAACAACCAAGACUUUCUCUACCAAUUCCAGAAUCAACCAUCUGAAUUUGAUCGUGUCCUUGCACAACAUAAUGAGAAAGUGAGAAUGGAACUAGAAGAACGAAAAUCAAGGAUGUUAAUAAGCGCAAUCCAAGAGACAAUGGAGAAGAAGCUAAGAGAAAAAGAGGAGGAAAUAGAGAGAAUGGGAAAGCUAAACUGGGCCCUUCAAGAAAGAGUGAAAAGCUUGUGCGUGGAGAAUCAAAUUUGGAGGGAAUUGGCACAAACAAACGAAACAACAGCCAACUACCUACGGACCAAUUUGGAACAAGUGCUGGCACAUGUCGGGGAGGAGCGCGCCGCCGCGGUGGCCGAUGAUGCUCAGUCAAGUUGCGGAAGCCAUGACGUGGCAGAGGCCGCCGGAGACGACACGGCGGCGUCGGCGUCGCCUAGGCUGUGUAGGAGCUGUGGGGUGAGGGAGUCGGUAGUGUUGUUGCUGCCAUGCAGGCAUCUUUGCCUUUGCACAAUGUGCGGGUCCACUGUAAGGAAUUGCCCCAUUUGUGACUCUGGCAUGGAUGCCACUGUGCAUGUUAAUCUCUCUUAGUAUAAUCUUUUUUUUUGCAUAGAGUUUCAUUGUAGAUUUUAGAUCAACACAAAUUAGAGAAAAAAAGACAUAGUUAGAAGAAAAAAUAAAAAAAAUAAAUUUAUGAUUCUUUUGUUCA